GAGAGGGGGUCCUCCUCCGUCCUCCGUCCUCCUCCGCCGCCAGCGCGCAUGAAGCCCCGGCCCGGGCCCCACACCCUCCUCCCCUCAUAGCCGCCUCUGCCCCGGGACGGGGGAAGUCCGGGCUGAGGGAACCAAGAUGAGCUCCAGGCGUGAGCGCCAAGUCCACAGCACCCUGAAGAAGGUCUUUGGCUUUGACUCAUUUAAGACAGCCCUUCAGGAGAGCGCGACCAUGGCAGUGGUGAAAGGUGAGAAGGACGUGUUUGUCUGCAUGCCCACCGGGGCGGGCAAGUCCCUCUGCUACCAGCUUCCUGCUCUGCUGGCAGGGGGCAUCACCAUUGUGGUGUCCCCCCUCAUUGCUUUGAUUCAGGACCAGGUGGACCAUCUGCUGGCGUUGAAGGUGCAGGCGGCCUCCCUGAACUCCAAACUGCCGGCCGCCGAGAGGCGGGCGCUGGAGGCGGAGCUGGGGAGGCCGGAGCCGCGGCUCAAGCUGCUGUAUGUGACGCCCGAGAUGGUGGCGGCCGCCUCCUUCCAGCCCGUCCUGAACUCCCUGGUGUCGCGCCGUCUCCUGGCUUACCUGGUGGUGGACGAGGCCCACUGCGUCUCCCAGUGGGGCCACGACUUCCGGCCCGACUACCUGCAGCUGGGCGCCCUGCGGGCCCGCCUGCCCCGCACUCCCUGCGUGGCCCUGACGGCCACCGCCCCCCGCCAGGUGCGGGAUGACGUGGUGGCCGCCCUGGGGCUCAGGCAGCCGGUCGCCACCUUCCAGACGCCCUGCUUCCGUGCCAACCUCUUCUACGACGUGUGCUUCAAGGACCUGCUGAGCGACCCCUUCGCCGACCUGUGGGACUUCUGCCAGCGGGCGCUGGGCGAGAGGGACGCCCAGGGGGCUUUCUCCGGCUGCGGCAUCGUCUACUGUAGGACCAGAGAGGCUUGUGACCAGUUGGCCCAGGAACUCAGCUACCGGGGCCUAGGAGCCAAGGCUUAUCACGCAGGGCUGAAGGCAGCGGAGAGGGUGCAGGUACAGAGCGAGUGGAUGGAGGAGAAGGUGCCCGUGAUCGUCGCCACCAUAAGCUUCGGGAUGGGGGUGGACAAAGCAAAUGUCAGGUGUGUCGCCCACUGGCACAUUGCCAAAUCGAUGGCCGGGUACUACCAGGAGUCGGGCCGGGCGGGCCGAGACGGGAAAGCCUCCUGGUGCCGCCUGUACUACUCCAGGAAAGACCGGGACCAGAUCAGCUUCCUGAUCAAGAAGGAGAUAGCCAGGCUCCAGGAGAAGCGUGGCCACAAGGACUCCGACAAAGCCGCGCUGAAGGCCUUCGACGUGCUGGUCGCCUUCUGUGAAGAAUCAGGGUGCCGCCAUGCUUCCAUUGCCAAAUACUUUGGGGACCCCCCGCCACCGUGCGCCAAGAGCUGUGACCACUGCCGCCAUCCCGCCCACGUCCAGAAGCAGCUGGACGCCCUGGAACGCUGCCACAGCUGGAGCAGGACGAGCCUCGGGCCCUCCAGGGGCGAUGCCUCGGACCCCGAGCUCUACGAGGGGGGCCGCCGGGGCUCCCAAGGCUUUGGCAGGUAUGAGGAGGAGGGGUCAGGCGGCAGCGAGGACGAAGCGAGCCGGGAGGGUCGCAAGCGGGAAUGGAACCUCUUCUACCAGAAGCAGAUGCAACUGCGCAAGGGCCGAGAAGCCAAGAAAGAGGAGUUUGUACCCCCAGGAGCUGAUUGUCUCCUGAAGGAGGCCUCCAGCAGCAGGAUCCCCCGGCUCACCGUCAAGGCCCGGGAGCACUGCCUGAGGAUGCUGAAGGAGGCCCUGAGCGGGAACCAGCAGGCAGCCAGCGCUGGGGACAGGGUGGACCCCCUGGUCAGCGCGCUGGAGCUGGAGCAUGAAGCAUUCCAGGGCAGCAAGGUGGCCAACCUGUACAAGGCCAGCGUGCUCAAGAAGGUCGCCGAGAUCCACAGGGCCUCCAAGGACGGGCAACUGCACCCAGCGUUGGGGUCCGACACCUCCGAGGCCCAGCCUGCACGCCCUGCCCCUGCCCGGGAUGAGGAGGAGGAAGUGCUGCCAGCCUCCCAGGUGUACUCGUUCAAACCCAAGCGUGUGGGGGCUGGCGGCCCGAGGGGGGCCCCCCAGUUCCAGACGGCGGCUGAGCUGCUGGGCAGGACCCGAGCCAAGGAGCCGGAGGAGGGGAAGAGACAGGUCCCCGGCGGCAAGGGCGGGGCGAGCCCAGGCCCCCCAGCCGAGGCGGAAAAGGGUGCGGCGAAGGCCACCCCGAGCCAGCGGGGCCGCAGUAGCAGGAAGCGGCAGCUGUUGGCUGAGGCGGCAAGGACUGAGGCUCAGGACAUCUCCAAGUUCUUCUCCCGGCCGCCGCGCCCCCAGUCGCCCAGCCCCACCCAUCCGGAGACCAGCGAGGAGGAGGAGGAGGGAGGUGGGCACAGCCCAGCCUCCCUGGGUGAAGGCCUGGAUGCCAGCCGGGCCCCAAGCUUGGGGGCUCGGCUCCCUUCCCAGGAGGAUGACCAGAAGGGAAAGAGACCUGGACCCCAACAGAGUCACCCCACGGGUCCAGUCUCCAAGAGGCCUAAGGUCAGACACCCGACCCAGGCCCCGGCAGACGGCCAGGGCAGUGCCAGGAAGAAAGUGACCUUCAACCCCAGCCUGCCGGAGAGCAGGGACCCCGCUCCCUCCGGUCCACCCUCCCCCUGCGUGUCUCUGAAGGAGGCAGCCGACGUGGUGGUCAAGUCACUGACUCCGUUUUACAAAGAGGGCAAGUUUGCUUCCAAGGAGCUGUUCAAAGCAUUUGCCCGCCAUCUCUCCCACCUGCUGGUGCACAAGACGCCCACCCCGAGGAACGUGAGAGAAGAGGCCCAGACCCUCAUCCAGCAGUUCUUCAGGGGCCGAGGGCGCUGCGAGAGCACCAAUGACUGGCAGGGCCUAGGGGACCCCCCCACCUGACCCCUGGCUCCAGGUGGACAGACACACGCCUUCGGCGACUCCACUUCCCCGUUCCAGGGAGCGCCCCUGGAGCGGGAGUGAAGCGGGGGGCGUUUUCCUAGCAGUCAUCCCGCCAGCCUGGGGUAGAGGUUACCCCUACCUCUCUUCCCCCUGCUCAGGGCUCUAAUAGGAGGAAGGAACCUUCUGCCCUGAUCCUGGCAGAGGUCAGCCCAGCUCGAACUUCCUGCUGGACCAGCCCCCUGCCCCUCCCCGCUGUGGCUGGGCGGAGGGGGCCGGGGUGGGCCGGCGACCGCAACGAGAAUUAUUCAUUAAAGCCUCCGUGUUGCUACC